UAAGGCAAAGAACACAAUCUCUUACAGAUCAAUAUGUGCCUAUGAGGAAAGCUCAAAGACAGGAACCAGAAACAUUUCAGCGCCCUAUGAGUUAUACUAAAGGGCAAGCUCGGGCACUCAUUCAAUUGCUGAAGAGUAAUAGGUCAGAGUUUAUAAGCUCGAAGCGUGGAGUUGACGUUAUUUCAGACUAUGACCUUGACAAUGGCCGGAUUCGUUUUCGUUUGUCACCCAGUGAGCCAAAAACGUUCCCCAUUUCCAUCGAGAACACAUCUAAUGAGCCUGUGCUCUUUGUUCAGUACAAGGCGCUUCGCAGAAUGCGCGGCUUUUCAUUCCAAGAUGAAAAUCAAGUAUCCAGAACUGAGCCCUUACAACUUAUGCCAGGUUACAGUUAUAAGAUCAUGGUUCACUGUUCUGUGGAUUCGUAUGGAUAUUUCCCAAUUACAAUGGCAUUUGAAUUCAUAGUAGAUCGUAAAUCAUUUGUUAUUGGAAGGUUUUUAUCAGCUGUUUGCAAUAGCAAAUUGGCUGAUGAGCUGGCGCCUAAGUCUGCUUAUGUGCCCUAUCAGAGAAGUCUUCUGAAACCAAUUGUGAGGAAUGAAGAUGAGGGAUUUCCACCCGACAGCACAUUGACAUAUGAAUUAGAGCGGGAGAUCCCUCUUACUGACUGCUAUCCCCCUGGCCAUCUAAAGGCCAGCAUCCGGGCAGGCGUAUUUUCCAGCAAAGCUCCUGUCACCAGGUCCAGAUCCAGUCAGCUGCAGGACCGAGAUCUGCUAGCUAGCCCUAUGGACUUCAACAAUUAUAAAGAGAGGUUUCAACUGAUGUUGUAUCUUGAAGAGAUACAGAUGGAAAUUGACAUUAGGAGAUACGAUCAAAAGGACAAGAAAAUGGAACUUGAUCGGCGAAACAAACGACUUCUUGUUCUGGAUGUUCCUGGUGUGGCUGAGAACCGGCCUUCUGUACUAAGAGGAGACCAUCUAUUUGUAACAUUCGCUGAUGAACGAGACCGGUCAGAUAUGAUUAGCUACAAGGGCUACGUACAUGGGGUAGAACUGGAAAGAGUUAGGCUUGGAUUCUCUAACAAUCUUUUAAAAAAAUUUGUAAGUGGAUUGCUGUUUGAUGUCAACUUUACAUUUAACCGGAUGCCUUUGAAAGUUCAGCACAGAGCAGUUCAUUUGGCUAAAGAAAAGAAUUUGAAGGAAUUUCUCUUUCCUUCUUGUUCCUAUAAAGAAAAAAUUGUUGAUCCCGAGAAACUCAACUUUUUUGACAGGAGCCUUGAGAGUAACAAGGAACAAUACAAUGCAGUGAACCACAUUGUAUGUGGCCUGUCCAGGCCUGCUCCUUAUCUUUUGUUUGGACCCCCUGGAACUGGGAAGACAAUGACUUUGGUAGAAGCUAUAAAACAGGUGUUUAUGUGUGUCCCGGAUUCACAUGUACUGGCAUGUGCACCAUCUAACAGUGCGGCCGACCUGCUAUGUCAACGCCUAAUGAAGCACAUGAACCAGAAAGAUCUUUUCAGAAUGCUAGCCAGCAGCCGGGACAUCCGUGCAGUUCCAGAGGAAAUCAAGAAAUUUUGCAACUGGGAUAGUGACAAAGAAUGCUUUAUCUACCCCAGCAAGGAAAAACUGAUGAAAUAUAAAGUAAUUGUCACAACCCUUAUUACAUCAGGAAGGCUUGUGUCUGCAAACUUUCCGUCUGGUCAUUUUACCCAUGUAUUUAUUGAUGAGUCUGGCCAUGCAGUGGAGCCAGAGUGUGUGACUACUAUAGCAGGAAUUCUAAAUGUGAUGGAACGGAAAACUAACAAGCAUGGAGGUCAGCUGGUGUUGGCUGGUGACCCAAAACAACUUGGGCCAAUAUUAAGAUCUCCAGUGGCUAAAGAAAAUGGACUAGACAUCUCUUUGCUGGAGCGUCUGAUGACCCAGAAUCCCCUUUACAAAAAGGAUGAAAACGGCUAUAAUUCAAUGUUUGUUACAAAGCUACUGAAGAACUACAGAUCACACCCUGACAUACUACGUAUCCCUAAUGAACUCUUUUAUGAGAAUGAGCUCCAAGUAGCCGCAGAUGAGCUGGUCUCUAACUCUUACUGCAAUUGGGAUACGUUGCCUCGUAAGGGAUUUCCCAUCAUUUUUCAUGGUGUGUUGGGUAAAGAUGAGCGGGAAGGAAACAGCCCUUCUUUCUUCAAUGUGAGUGAGAUUCAAGAAGUUAUAACGUACCUUGAUGAUCUGCUACAAUCUCAGGGCAAGAAAGGAUUGUCUAGGAUCUCACCAAAAGAGAUUGGCAUCAUUUCUCCAUACAGAAAACAGGUGGAAAAAAUCCGGGAAGCUAUUAGGCUCAGACUCAAUCAUGUGACUGACAUCAAAGAACUGAAGGUUGGUUCAGUUGAGGAAUUCCAAGGCCAAGAACGUAAGGUGAUUAUCAUAUCCACAGUACGGAGCUGUCAAGAUUAUGUCAAGUUUGAUGAAGACUUUAACCUUGGCUUCCUUAAUAAUCCCAAGAGAUUUAAUGUGGCAAUUACAAGAGCUAAAGCACUUUUAAUUCUGGUGGGGAAUCCAAUCGUACUUCAAAAGGAUCCCAACUGGUCUCGAUUUCUCAAGUUUUGCCAAGAAAAAGGUGGAUACAAAGGAUUUAACUAUGUAGAAGAAGAUCCUCUGGAUGAGAAUGAUAUUAAUGACCUUUUAAGCAGCCUUAAUAUUAAUGGUCCACCAGCUGGAGAAGACACUGGGGAGAGUGUUAUUCAACAGCAGGAAGAACCAUCCUGGAGACAUGAACAUUAAUAUCUUGUUACCACACCCCCCAAUAAACUUUUCUUAACUGGGCAGUGUCUCCAUGAGAUGCUCGUACCAUUUUUUUUUUCUGUGCACCUUCUAGUUUAGAUAAAUAGUUUGUAUGUUUUUCUACAAAACGUCCAAAAAUAUUAUCUAGAUGUUUUGCAAAAUAUGCAAUGUUGUGUUUUUUGUUUUUUUAUAAAUUAAAUAAGGCUACAUAAAUAAGUUUAUUAAAGCAGAAAUCCUAUCUUCAAUAGCAUUUAUGUCUGGUUCUCUUUAACUGAAAUUGUCUUUGUAUAAAUAUUUGCACUAUAAAGAAUUGGUCUUCCUGUAAAAUGAAAAGGUAUUUAAAAUAAUCAUCAUCUCAAAUUGGUGCUUUAGAUUAUGUAAAUUAAUUAUACAAUUAGAUACCAUUUUUAAAGUAUCAUUUUUAUAGCUUAUGGUCUGUAAUGUAUUACACUUUAUGUACCUAAUGUAAAUUAAACAUGUGCGACCUCUCAUCACGUGUAGGGCUGACGUCUGUGUCUUAGCCUGCCAGUAUGUUCUAUGUCAGCUAUUUCAAUGUGUGAUGCACCUAUUCACUGCUAAGGGAUGUAAAAGUCAACAAAAUUAAUGUGCAUUUUUAAGAAUAUUAUUUUUAAGCAUAAAACAAUACUUGGCUAUCAAGUUAUUUAAAUUAAACUAAUUAAUUAGUCCUAUUCAAUCUGUAGCUGAUGUGGAAGAAAUCCACUGGACGGUGGGGAUUUGGAAGGCACUGCUUAGGUGGCUUCCAAACGAAGCACAAAAUAUGUCCCUUUAAUAGAGGAUAGUUUUUAUGCCUUUAAAUUAUUCUUUUAAAUUUACCUUAAGUGGUUUAGACUUUUAUAUCCUUUUUUUUUUUUUUUUUUUAUUACAAAUGCACAAUGGAAAUGUAUAAUGAAGAUAAUUCUGCAAAUUAUUUUUUUAUGUAAAUUAUGUGGUGCCUUAAUUUUGUAUAAAAUUUAAAUUUAAAAUGAAUCUUUCAUGAUAUUUUUGGAAGAAAUAGUUGAAACUAUUUGUAAUACAUAUUUUGCUAAAUAAAAGUUAAUAUUAAAUGUUA